CUAUUUUGAUUGUCUGCUUUGUUCGAUUUGUCCCUUUCUUCCGACCGUGUUCGAUACUAUUUUACCCUUGCAUUUGCCUUUGCAUGCCCAUCAGCAAAGUUUCCCUCUCGAAAACGAUCGACCCGAACGACGACAUAUACGUGCGACGAAUAUCCACCACGGUACCUGGAUGGAAAAGACUUGAGACCGGACAGGAGCUUGAAGGUUAAAAAUAGACGGCGUACUAUUUGAGGGGAACCAGCAUUUAGUGGGAAGGAUUUCCGGCGGCACUCAUCUCAUUGCUUUUCGACUUCUUUUCCCGACUUCGAAACGCUCCGUCGUCGAGAUGGCACGGAACAGUUUAAGGCGCCGCCUAUUUCUUAGGACGGCGUUGGCAGCGGUAGCUCUGGCCAGGGGGGUUGUGGGGGUGGAUAUCCUCCAAACCGUGGGCUUCAGCAACUGCAACACCAACGCCAACAUUACGGUACAGAGGGUUAACAUAUUUUACAACAAUGACAACAAGACGGUCACGUUCGAUGUGGCGGGAACAAACACGGUAGAGCAGAACGUGACGGCGGUUCUGAACGUCACGGCAUAUGGGCAGCAGAUAUACUCCAACACUUUCGAUCCCUGUGAUCGAGGGACUUUCGUGACCCAGCUCUGUCCUGUUCCCGUUGGUACCUUUGCGGCGAAAGGCAGUCAAGCUAUCCCUACCGAGUUUGCGAAUCUGGUACCAUCGAUAGCCUUCCAGGUGCCGGACAUUGCGGCAAUGGCAACUCUCCAGCUGAAGUCGAGGGAAAGCGGCGAAAAGGUUGCCUGUAUCCAGUCCCAAGUUACGAACGGCAAGACUGUCAGCGUUCCGGCGGUCUCUUACGUGUCCGCUGGUAUCGCGGGCGCGGCUUUGGUCCUGACGGGCAUUUCGGCUGCCGGCGCCGCAUUUGCGGGAGGCAGUGCUGCCGCAGGCGGAUCCGCUGCCUCGGGAGGUAUGGGCACUAUCAGCCCCUCGUUCACCGAGGUCUUUGGGUGGUUUCAGGGGAUGGCAAUGAACGGCAUGCUCUCGGUCAACUACCCGCAGGUGUACCGCAGCUUCGUCAAGAACUUUGGGUUCUCGACCGGCCUCAUCCCCUGGACCCAGCUACAGGUCUCGAUCGACAACUUCCGGGAGGCAACAGGGGGCAACUUGACCAACAACAGUGUCGGGUUUCUGCGCAAUUCCACCCUGGUAUUUCCCGAUGGCUCUUCGCAGGCUCCAGCAGGCAAGAACUCGAGCCAGGUCCUGAAAAGAGCCUUCGACCACUUUGCCCUGCUUGCGUCGAGGCAGAUCGAGACCAGUGUGAACGGCACAUCCCAGGACGGCACCGUCGACCCCAAUAGCACCACGGAAAGUAUCCGGGUGGCUGUGACGGGCAUUCAGGCCUACGUCAACGAGCUCAGCAUUCCGUCGGCGAACACGUUUAUGACAGUCUUGCUGAUCGUGGCAAUUGUCAUUGCCUCAAUUGCUGUUGGCAUUCUUCUCGUCAAGGUCAUCCUGGAGUUCUGGGCUCUCUUCGGCAGCUUCCCCAAGUCGCUCACGGGCUUCCGUAAGCACUACUGGGGCUCGAUUGCCCGUGCCAUCACAAGCUUGAUUCUGCUCCUCUACGGAGUAUGGGUUUUGUACUGCGUCUUCCAAUUCACGCACGGCGACUCGUGGGCGGCCAAGGCUCUUGCUGGAACCACUCUAGCCCUGUUCACCGGCAUCUUGGCGUUCUUCUCAUGGAAGAUUUGGAGCAUAGCUCGGAGGCUGAAGAGCUCUGAGGGCGAUGCCAGCGGCCUGUACGAUGACAAGGAUAUCUGGGUCAGGUACAGCUUGUUCUACGAAAGCUACCGCAAGGACUACUGGUGGCUUUUCGUUCCCACCAUCAUCUACAUGUUUGCCAGGGGCAGCGUUCUUGCGGCCGCUGAUGGACAUGGCAUGGUUCAGACCAUCGCUCAAAUGAUCAUCGAGGCCAUCAUGCUGAUUCUCCUUCUCUGGAGCCGCCCUUACGAGCGCCGGUCUAGCAACGUGAUCAACAUUGGCAUCCAGGUCGUGCGGGUCUUGUCUGUCAUCUGUAUCCUCCUCUUCGUUGAGGAGUUUGGCAUCGCGCAGACGACGCAAACCGUCACGGGCGUGGUCCUCAUCGCCAUCCAGUCGGCAUUGACGGGUAUCCUGGCCAUCCUGAUCGUCUGGAACGCCGUCAUUGCUUGCUGCAGGCAGAACCCUCACCGCCAGCGCCGCAAGGAGAUGGGUAUGUUGAUAUAUUCUUCCCUCCACCCCCCUCAAGCUUCUGACGAGUCGAUUGCUAAUGCGUCAACAGAGAAAAUGCAGCGAGACGUGGACGCGCUGACGCCCCUGGAUGCCCGGAACUCGCUCCUCAUGGAUCGCACAAAGUCCGGCAUGGAUGAUACCGCGGACUCGAUGUCGGUUGCCAAGACUGGUUUCCAGGAGGACACCAAGGUCGCGCCGCCCGCGCGGGACUCGUCUCCGGAACCCUACCUCGGCGCGGAACCUGCCAAUUCCUACGGCCAGAAGGCGUCGUCGAAUGGCAACAUUUACCGGCCGCUGACACCCGCCACACCUGUCCCUCAAAGCCGUGACGGCCUCAUCACAAACGCGGCGCCGAUUGGAGGCUCUGACAUGCGCCAGCCGACGCUGCCAAACCUGGGCAACGGCUAUGGUAAUGGCGGCGGGUACGGGCCUUCGCCACCACCUCAACAACAACGCAGCCAGGGCGGCUACGGCAGGGUAGGCUACGGCCAGGGCCAGGGUGGCUACGGCCAGGGUGGUGGUUACGGCCAGGGUGGUGGCUAUGGACAAGGCGGCUACGGCGGUGGCUACAACAAUCAUGGAAGGUAUGGAGGACCGCCACCAAGGGGUGGCUACUGAGCGCCCCCGGACAAGGCGUUUGUAUGAUUCGCCGGCUAGCUGAGUGAGAGGCCGGUUUCCAUCACAUUUCUCUGGAGUCACUUGUAAUUGUAUUAGUCUUUCAUUGCACAUUUACACGACCUUAUAUUUUGCUACAUAGCCACAUCAUGACGACAGGCGGAGAUGGUGUGAGGGCAGGUAUAUUUGGUGGUCUUUACCUAUCUAUCUACAGACGCAUAUGUAACCUAGGUACAUAUAAGCGGGAGUAGGAUGCAUACCAA